GCUCUCAUUUCUCCCCACGGAGCUCUAGGAUGUGGAUGUGAGAAGGUGAGAAAGGCAGGCAAAUGGCAACAAGGAACAACCCUAGUCCCAUGCCCCUGGGCACAGCUCAGGGGGACCCUGGAGAGGCAGGCACACUGCCAGGCCCCGAGGCUGGCAUCCGGGACACAGGUUCCACCACCCAACUGAAAACGAAGCCCAAGAAAGUGCGCAAGAUCAAGGCGCUCAUCAUUGACCUGGGCUCCCAGUACUGCAAGUGUGGCUAUGCGGGGGAGCCGAGGCCCACCUACUUCAUCUCCUCCACCGUGGGCAAGCGCAGCCCGGAGACGGCCGCUGACGCCGGCGACACCUGCAAGGAGACCUACGUGGGCCACGAGCUGCUCAACAUGGAGGCGUCCCUGAAGCUGGUUAACCCGCUGAAGCACGGCAUCGUGGUGGACUGGGACUGCGUCCAGAACAUCUGGGAGUACAUCUUCCAAACGGCCAUGAAGAUCCUGCCCGAGGAGCACGCCGUGCUGGUCUCCGACCCUCCGCUCAGUCCCAGCAGCAAUCGGGAGAAGUACGCGGAACUCAUGUUCGAGACCUUUGGCAUCCCCGCCAUGCACGUGACGUCGCAGGCGCUGCUGUCCAUCUACUCCUACGGCAAGACCUCGGGGCUGGUGGUGGAGAGCGGCCACGGCGUCUCGCACGUGGUGCCCAUCUCCGAGGGCGACGUGCUGCCGGGCCUGACCAGCCGCGCAGACUUUGCAGGCGGCGACCUCACCAACUACCUGAUGCAGCUGCUCAACGAGGCCGGCCACAAGUUCACGGACGACCACCUGCACAUCAUCGAGCACAUCAAGAAGAAGUGCUGCUACGCGGCGCUGCUGCCCGAGGAGGAGCUGGGCCUGGGCCUGGAGGAGCUGCGCGUGGAUUACGAGCUCCCCGACGGCAAGGUCAUCACCAUCGGCCAGGAGCGCUUCCGCUGCUCCGAGAUGCUCUUCAAGCCCUCGCUGCUGGGCUGCGGCCAGCCCGGCCUCCCCGAGCUCACGGCCACUUGCCUGGAUCGCUGCCAGGAGACCGGCUUCAAGGAGGAGAUGGCCGCCAACGUGCUGCUGUGCGGCGGCUGCACCAUGCUGGAUGGCUUCCCUGAGCGCUUCCAGAGGGAACUGAGCCUCCUCUGCCCCGGGGACAGUCCCACCGUGUCCGCAGCGCCCGAGAGGAAGACCUCCGUGUGGACCGGCGGCUCCAUCCUGGCCUCGCUGCAGGCCUUCCAGCAGCUCUGGGUGAGCAAGGAAGAGUUUGAGGAGAGGGGCAGCGCCGCCAUCUACAGCAAGUGCUGAGGGGCGGGCCCCACAGGUGAGGCCUUGGGCGGUCGGGCCACUCUGUACAUUUACAGAAUUUCACAUAAAACUUUAAUGUG